GCCGCCACGCUGGCCCCCGUGCCCCGCAACGCCUGCAUCACCUGCCCGCAGUGCCACCGCAGCCUCAUCCUGGACGAGCGGGGGCUGCGCGGCUUCCCCAAGAACCGGGUGCUGGAGGGCGUCAUCGACCGCUACCAGCAGAGCAAGGCGGCCGCGCUGCGCUGCCAGCUGUGCGAGAAGGCGCCCAAGGAGGCCACGGUGAUGUGCGAGCAGUGCGACGUCUUCUACUGCGAUCCCUGCAGGCUGAGGUGCCACCCGCCCCGGGGCCCCCUCGCUAAACACCGCCUGGUGCCGCCGGCGCAGGGCCGGGUGAGUAGGAGGCUGAGCCCCCGCAAGAUCUCCACCUGCACGGAUCACGAGCUGGAGAACCACAGCAUGUACUGCGUGCAGUGCAAGAUGCCCGUGUGCUACCAGUGCCUGGAGGAGGGCAAGCACUCCAGCCACGAGGUCAAGGCCCUGGGCGCCAUGUGGAAGCUUCACAAGAGCCAGCUUUCCCAGGCGCUGAAUGGGUUGUCUGACAGAGCCAAGGAAGCGAAAGAGUUCCUGGUGCAGCUGCGAAACAUGGUUCAGCAAAUCCAGGAGAACAGCGUGGAGUUCGAGGCUUGCCUGGUGGCUCAGUGCGACGCCCUCAUCGACGCUCUCAACAGGAGGAAAGCCCAGCUGCUGUCCCGCGUCAACAAGGAGCAUGAGCACAAGCUGAAGGUGGUCCGGGACCAGAUCUCCCACUGCACGGUCAAGCUGCGCCAGACCACGGGGCUGAUGGAGUACUGCCUGGAGGUCAUCAAGGAGAACGACCCCAGCGGGUUCCUACAGAUUUCCGACGCGCUCAUCAGGAGAGUGCACCUAACCGAGGACCAGUGGGGGAAGGGGACGCUGACACCACGGAUGACCACGGACUUUGACCUGAACCUGGACAGCGCGCCACUGCUGCAGUCCAUCCAUCAGCUCGACUUCGUGCAGAUGAAAGCUUCCUCUCCAGUGCCGGCACCCCCGAUCCUGCAGCUGGAAGAGUGUUGCACCCACAACAACAGCGCCACCCUGUCCUGGAAGCAGCCGCCCUUGUCGAUGGUGCAGGCGGAAGGAUACAUCCUGGAGCUGGAUGACGGGAACGGCGGGCAGUUCAGGGAGGUGUAUGUUGGGAAGGAGACGAUGUGCACCGUGGACGGCCUGCACUUCAACAGCACCUACAGCGCCCGCGUCAAAGCCUUUAACAAAACAGGAGUGAGCCAAUACAGCAAGACCUUGGUCCUGCAGACAUCCGAAGACACAGAGUCAGAAGAACAGACCCUCCCUUUUCCAGUGCCUUUGGAAAGAUCUUUGGAAAGGUCGCAGCUCCGUAGAAUGAGUCCUUUCUCCUCCACUCUUAAUCUACAACCCAGCUUCUCGGGGAGAUCCUACUUUGAGCUAAGAUCUUCGUCCCACCAGCUGAGCUUGCAUUCUUCUUUACAGUCUCUGAAUUCAGCCGGAUGCAAUUUUGAGACACAGUCAGCGCCUUACUCUCAAUUAGUUGACAUUAAAAAACUGGUGGCAGUAGCUUGGUUCUCCUUCGACCCUUCCUCCGCACACACGGACAUCAUCUUUUCCAACGACAACUUGACCGUCACCUGUAACAGCUACGACGACAGGGUUGUGCUGGGGAAAACGGGCUUCUCCAAAGGGCUCCAUUACUGGGAGCUGUCGAUCGAUCGUUACGAUAACCACCCCGACCCGGCCUUCGGCGUAGCCCGCAUCGAUGUCCUCAAGGAUGUCAUGCUGGGAAAGGACGACAAGGCCUGGGCGAUGUAUGUGGACAACAACCGGAGCUGGUUUAUGCACAACAAUUCGCACACUAACAGAACGGAGGGGGGAAUAACCAAAGGUGCUACAGUGGGAGUGCUUCUUGACCUAACUAGGAGGACCUUGACAUUUUCCAUCAAUGAGGACCAGCAAGGGCCGGUGGCAUUUGAGAACUUGGAAGGCCUCUUCUUUCCCGCUGUGAGCCUGAACAGGAACGUGCAGGUGACACUUCACACUGGCUUGCCAGUCCCCGAAUUCUACACUUCUAGGUCAUCCAUGCAGUAA